GCUCUCCAUCGGCAACGUCAAUCGCAAAUCAGUGCUUGAACCUGUGAGACCACAGUUAACUAGCACAAGCAUGCUACAUAGCCUGAUCCCGCGGCUCCUUGCCGCCCUACCGGCGCUGAUGCUCCUGCUCCUGAGCGGCGCCGCGCUGCCAGCAUCAGCGCAAUCACAGCAGGCCUCGUCCUCUCCAGCGCCGAGUGGUAGCUUCUCUGCCACCAAUUCGGCAGUAUCAGGCAAAACAACUUCUGCAGCUGCCACUUUCGCUCCAUCCUCUACUUUUCUCUCGCUGACAACUAGCGUCAAUGGCUCGACAACAAGCGUGUUCAAUGUGACGUUGACUUCGAGUUCGACUUCGAAAUUUACGCCGACGACGCUGCCAACCGCAGCUGUCAUCACGGCAGGAUCAUUGGCAGGUACAGCAUCAGCACCAUCGCCAGGCGGAGGUGUAACAGCAGUAGGCCCGAAUGAUAGCUACGUCGUCAGCGCUGCCAAGGCGGUAAUGACCCCGUUGGGCUUCACCAUUUUCUCCUCGGCAGCAAGCGUCGCGCUUGGAUCGUACCUUUUCCUUUAGAGUUCAACCCUCUACGGACUAUCCCUCGGUGCACGCAUGCGCUUGCUCUGAGGAGCCUUACGGACACUUCUAGGAACUUUGAACCUAUACUUCUGUGCAGCCGAAAGGCCCCCGACUUUCUCACACACUCGCAGAUAGCAUUCGCAUGUUUUUGUCCCUCGAUAUCGCAUUGAUGGCAUGUGGUACAUGUUGCAGUACAUGCUACUGGCUCGAUCACGACCGCUCAAAAAGUCUCCUCCUCGUCGAGAACAGCGGGUACCUGGGUGUCGGUGUGAUGGAUGAAGAAUCGUCAGGGGCAAUGACAAGGGCGAAGAGGCAUUGUGCAAACUCACCUCGGCGCCUUCUGGGACCUCAAAGCCCUCUUCUGUGCUGUACAAAACAUGCUGGAUGCCCUUGAGUGUCUCCGCUUCUGCCCCUUCGGCUAGCUGCUCAGACCCCUCUUCCCCAGUUCCGA